CACCGUCGAUAACUUUCCAUCUCUACUAAAGCGCACGUUGUUUAUUUUACCAUUUCGCUUUAAUUUAAAUAAAAAUGAAUGAAAUUGCCACUGACAAAGGAAAAGUUCCCAAUGAUAAGCUGAGGGAGAUGCGAUGCGAGUUCAAUCCGCUCUCGCGAUGCGAUGGUUCAGUGAUGUAUAGCCAAGGAUCAACAGUUGUCAUUGCCGCCGUUUUGGGACCAGUUGAGGUCAAGACCCAAAGCCUUAGCAUAGAUGGCAGUUACUUGGAGUGCAAUUAUCGACCAAAGGCGGGAUUGCCGCAGGUGAAGGAACGCAUACGAGAAUCGGUAAUACAAGAUGUCCUGGAGUUGGCUGUGCUGGGCGAAUCCUAUCCACGUUCCAAGAUGUCAGUUCAAAUACAGGAGCUGGAGGAUCGUGGAAGUAUAGACGCGUGUGCGGUGAAUGCCGCCUGCCUGGCCAUGAUUAUCGGAGGCCUGCCCAUGAAAUACAGUUUCGCUGCAGUGCAAUGCAUUAUCAAUGAAGAUGGCGAAUAUAUACUGGAUCCGGAUCAGAGGGAAACACUGCAUCAGCGUGCCAGUUUCACAUUUGCCUUCGACUCCCUGGAGGGAGAUUUGCUGCUGGUGCAGACAAAAGGAUCUUUUAAAAUUGCCCAAUUCAACGAUAUAGAGUGCCUAUGCCGCUCUGCUAGUGCGAAUAUCUUUCAAUUCUAUCGUGAUAAUAUAGCCAAAUACCAUGGUAGAAAGUCUAGCCCAACGAGCGAUGUGAAAGAAAUGGAAACGGAAACGUAGGAGUUAAGAAAUAAAGCAUAAAUCUUGUUUAUUAAAA